ACACACGUCACACACACACGCACGCGCGCGCACACACACACACACACACACACACAACACUGCACCGCGACGUGAUUCUAUACAACCUGACGUGGAACGAAAUACUCGGUUAUGGUUAUCAUGUUAACAUAUUGUAUAUUUAUCAUGCGAAGUUAUGUUGAUUAUUGAAUGAAAUUAAUCAAUGUGGAAAUAGAAAUAUCUUAUAGUAUUGUAAAUAAUUCAAAACAACACCAGUGAUAAUAAUUUAAUCAAGAUGACAACAGCAGAUUGGGAUGAAGUUAAAAGGCUAGCUGCUGAUUUCCAAAAGGCACAGCUGAGCUACACAUUGCAAAAGUUAUCGGAGCGCAAUUGUGUAGAAAUUAUUAUGAAAUUGACAGAAAACAAACUUCUGGAUGUAAUUUUUACCAAUGAUGGAAAGGAGUACGUUACACCCCAACAUCUGGCCAAGGAAAUUAAGGAUGAACUUUAUAUUCAUGGAGGACGAGUGAAUUUAGCAGAACUAGCUAAUAUUCUAAAUGUGGAUUUGUCACAGAUUUCAAAGAUUGCUAGCGAUAUUGAAAAACAUGAUAAGGGAGUAAAAAUAAUAUUGGGACAGUUAAUUGAUAGAAAUUAUAUUGCAAAAAUUGCAGAGGAAAUAAAUGAUAAACUCAAUCAAAAUGGUUUCAUAAGCAUUGCUGAUUUAACACUGAAUUAUGAUUUGCCAGCAGAGUUUUUACAAUCUUUAAUUGAAAAGGAAUUAGGCAAAUCUAUAUUUGGCAAGCAAGAUACACAGGAUCCUCGCAUCUUCUACAACCAGGGUUACGUAGCAAGAAAUGAGGCCAAGAUAAGGGGUGCUCUUUCAGCUAUUACUAAGCCUACUCCUAUUUCAGCUGUCUUAGGACAAUGCUCCGUUCCAGAAAGAAUAUUCUUUGCUAUUUUGGAAAAUCUUCAAGAGAAGCAACAAGUACCAGGUGUAGUGACUGGCAAACAAAGUAGUAAUAGUAUUUAUGUUCCAACUAUUUACUCCAAGACUCAAAGUGAAUGGGUAGACAACUUUUAUAAACAGAAUGGUUACCUUGAAUACGAUGCACUGUCAAGGCUGGGUAUCUCAGAUCCAAAAAGUUUUGUCAAACGUCAUUUUUCCAACGAAAGCUUGGUAUAUCUCGAUACAGUGGCAGUUGGACCUGUUCUCAUAGAUCAAGUUGAUGCAAACAUUGAAGAAGUAGUUGCAACUGGAUCGUACACCGAUAUUUAUCCUCUUUUACCAUCAGUCUUCAGCUCUCAAGAUGUAGAAAGAUUACUAAAGGAAUCUUCCUCGAGGAUGAAAUCUUCUAUUCACAUUUUUGCUACAACAGUUAUUGUAUCUGAUGCUUACUUGCAAGCUUUGUACAAACAGUUAGAACCUUUAGCUGAGAAAAAAGCCAAAGAGGCUGUUGAAAGUGGAAAGUGGCUUCAGUCAAUUGUAGAAAAUAAAUUAAAAUCAAAAACAUCAGAUGUCAGUGAUAAUAAAGUUGACAGAAAAGCUGAAAGAAGAAAAAAAGCGUCCAGUGGCAAAGCUGGGGGUGGUAGUCAAGGUAGAGAAACCAAAACGAAAUCUACAAAGAAGAAGUAUCAACAAGGUAAAAGUCAAGAUUUUGACUCGGAUGAUGAGCCUAGUGGGCCAACACAUGGAAAAGUUCAGCUAGAACUAGUGAAUACUACUGAUAUUAAAAAAGAACUCAACAAAGACGAAAAUUUGGCUGAUAUGGACGAGUUCAUUGACGAUUUGUCAGCUCACUUGCAACUACUACUCAACAAGCAAGUUGCAGUAAUAGCUGAACAGUUAUCACAAAAACACAAGAGUACAGAUCUUAAUGAAGUUGACGAUCGCCUUAAUGCAAUAAUAACAAACAUGAGAGUAUUUGACAAAGGCAUCAAAUGUUUGGAUAAACAUGAUCAAACUCCAAUGGCUAAAUACCUGUUGAAAACUCUUGGUGUAGAUUUUACGACGGAAAUUUUUAAGUUAGCCGCUCAUCAAAAUGUUAUACAAUGUUCCCCCAACUUAACGUCUGAAGCUAGACAAAAAAUGCUUCUUGAUUUACCAAAAGAAGUAAAAGAGCCACUGACCAAUUUGCACAAAGCUGUUGCGGGAAACUCUGUAGAAGACUUUUUUAACACUAUUGAACCAGCAAUGUCAGUGUGUUGUUUAGUAUUAAAGAAAUAUGAUAAAAAGAAAGAUAGACCCGUUAUUAUUGGUCACAGAGAAGCUUUACUGGAGCAAUUGAACAAUACACAAGAUCCUGCUCUAACUUUGCAUUUGACAACCACAAUACUGUUCACAGCUGCUACGCAAAACGCUCUUCAUAUGUCUGGGAGACAUGUAUCAUCCAUUCUUUCUUUUCUACAGCCACUUUUGGAACAGUCAACUAUUGCUACACUCAAUAAAUAUCAUGAUCUGGUACUGCAAUAUUUAACUUCAUCUGAUCCAGCUAUAAAAGAAGAACUGCACAAACAGUUAGAAGAUGGUCUUCAAGAAAUCAAGAAGAUCGCUAAUGAAUAUAAAAAGCAGUUAAAGGUAGAUAAGGCCCAGGACUAAGAGUGCAAGACAAAUCAUACUACGAAAUUACGUUAUUUGAUGAAAGUGUAUAUUUUAUUUUAUAAACGUUUAUAAUCCCAUAAUUUCUAAUUACAAAUCAGAUAUUAUUUUCAAAAAUUUGAGUAAUUGUUAUUAUUUAAGUCAAUAUAAUAUGAAAACUCUGUCCACUUAAAAGGAGAAUCAUACAUUUGGUGCAACAUUAAUAUUCUCGUCUGUUUAAAAUGUAUUGAACUUUUUAUUAACAUUUCUCUGCCACGUGAAUAUAUCAAACCAUUAUCGCUCAAA